UGUUGGUAAUGAUACGUAAGCUUUACGGGAAAACUCAAAAUGGUGUACGUUUCUGAAGGUCACGUUUUGGAUUCGCAGUCACCAUGGCGGAUCUCUGCCAUACCGGAUCUCUUCUGGGGAAUUCUAAAUUUUAUUGUGCUCUUUUUUCAAACCAUGGUUUCGCCUGGUCUAACAAAGAAAGGGUCUGGAUAUACAUCUGAUUAUCGUUCUGGCAGCGAUAAAUGGGGACCGCCACGACCACCAAGGAGGAGAAUGGGAGGUUUUAGAGGCGGUGGAGGAGGACCAAACCCACCCCCACCAGCUGGAGGUGGAUGAGGAAGGUAAAUGCCUGCAUUUCUAAUGCAGGCUGAAGGACUCUGCCAUCGGGAAUUCAUCAAGUGGAUAUUGUUAAUUUACAUCUCUGAAUGGAAAGCAUUUCACAAACAUUAAAAUAAUUAUAUAUAGGACUCAAUCGUGAUGCCAUGAAAGCACGACCAUAUCCCAUAAGAUGGCAGGGAACUCAACGCUUGUCACUGCAGUGUUUGUGACGCACUGGUUAUGACGUGUACCUGGAUAAACCGCUUAACAGUGGGACUAGAUAUACCGAUGUAUAGUGACAUGUAUCUACUGCUGCUACAGUCAAGUCAUAUCAUAGAUGGGGGGGAAAAAAAUGUAAACAAAAAAAAUCUUGAAGAAAAAGUACUGUUUUGUGAUAUCACCUAAUUGUAGUGGCAUAUUUUCAAAUUUACAAUAUUUAAAUUCUUUUUAAGUCAAUAUCAUGUAUAACAGUUACACUGUAAUAUUAGAUACCAAAAGUGGAUAUAAAGACAUGCAAUAAUACUAAUCUAUACCGGUAAUGUUUAACAAGCUUCAAUUCAAAUGGUGAAGCAUAGUUUGUGUUUCAGGCACCCAACGUAGACUCCAUUGGUACUGCUAUUCAGGCACCCAACGUAGACUCCAUUGGUACUGCUAUUCAGGCACCCAACGUAGACUCCAUUGGUACUGCUACUUAAGACACAUUUACAUGUAGAAACUACUGUCUAGCUUACCUUUUUACUGGAUGCAAAGUUUUCCAACUUGCUGUUAGAAAUUCAUCUCCAAUAAAAGCACAUGCACUCUAACAAUUGCAUACUGAUACUGUAAUUAUGACCGUAGCCAUACUAGUGGAGUAAAUGUACUAUAUUCUGAAGUUGUAGAUUUCGCAAUCACACAUUUUCUGUUUUGUAGAUUUUUGAGGGACAAGAUAAUUUUGCAUAAUAAGGAAUUAACACAGUGCAUGCCAUACAGCCUGAUGUUGUCAAAUAACGUAUGCUAUAUUUGUGUUGCUGUCAGUUAUUAUAAUUCAGAUUAUCGAUUUGUCGUAUGAAACUGAAGUUCAUGACUAUUGUAUAAUCUAGCAGUAUUUUCAUUUUUGAAACUAUUUUAAAAUAAAAACUAUUGCCAUACAUUUAAUCAAAAUAAC